AUGGAUUCGACUCACAUAGAUAUCGAGCAGAAAGGCUCUGCUGGCGCAGAGAAAGUUUGCGAUGAAGAAACACCACCCUCUUCAGGAUCGACUUCUCCCAGAGAAAAGGAAGUCGAAGAAGUGACCUACGACACUGGUCUCUUCUCGUGGCUGCAGGUCCUGGGGUCCUUUUUUCUCUUCUUCAAUUCCUGGGGGGUCAUCAACACUUGGGGAGCGUACCAAACGUACUAUGAACAAACCCUGCUGGCCGGUACUUCGUCGUCGACGAUCGCCUGGAUAGGGUCGCUGCAGUCGUUCCUUCUGAUGUUAAUCGGAGUCAUCACCGGCCCUCUCUUCGAUGCUGGAUACUUUCGUGGCUUGCUCUGUUUCGCCAAUGUCCUCCUUCCUUUCGGUUUCAUGAUGACCAGCAUUUCCUCCCAAUAUUGGCAUUUGAUUCUCGCGCAGGGAUUCUGCGUGGGCAUCGGAGCUGGGUGUCUCUUUGUACCCUCGGUGGCGAUCCUACCCCAGUACUUUCGUGCCAAGAGAGGAUUUGCAAACGGUCUUGCGGCCAGCGGCAGCAGCAUCGGCGGCGUGGUCUACCCGAUCAUGUUCAAUCAGUUACAGAAGAGCGUUGGGUUCGCCUGGGCAACGCGGGCAGUUGGCUUUCUCUGCUUUGGAAGCAUCAUGAUCUCCAUCAGCAUCAUGCGUAUUCGCUUCCCACCCAAGGACAAGCGGAAGCUUUAUCAGCUGUCCGCCUUCAAGGAACCCUCGUACUGUUUAUUUGUCGGGGCCAUGUUCAUUGGCUUCCUGGGAUUCUACAACUUCCUCUUCUAUGUGCAGUCUUAUGCGAUCGACACGGGCAUCGUGGGCAAGCAGCUGGGCUUCUAUCUGCUCUCCAUCUUGAAUGCCGGCUCAACAUUUGGUCGGAUCGGACCCAAUUUCGUCGCCGAUCAUCUGGGUCCGCUCAACAUGCUGACGCCCGCCGUAACCAUCACCGCGGCCUUGGCUUUUGCCUGGAUCGGUGUGCACAGCUUCGGCGGUAUCAUUGCCCUUGCCGUUCUGUAUGGUUUCUUUUCCGGCGGAUUUGUGUCUCUCCCUCCGGUCGUCAUGGCCAGCAUGACGCCCGAUAUUCGCGAUCUCGGAACUCGUCUGGGGAUGGUAUUUGCCGUCACCUCCAUUGGACUGCUGAUUGGUACGCCUAUCGGCGGUGCCAUCAUGUCCACCACGCAUGAAUAUCUUGGCGUUCAGCUCUUUACCGCGUGCUGCCUGGUCACAUCGGCAGGACUCAUGGCAACUUUGAGAUUCGUUCGAUCAGGUCCAACGCUCCUCAAAAAGGCCUGA